AUGGCUGUGGUAAGGGCAAGACUGACAUGUGACUUACAAUCAAUAUUUAGUUCUUUCAGCCGAUGCUUCUUUAAGAGAAAGAACGUACACAGUGUGUUUGAUACAGAAUUGGGUAGCAGCAAAUUUCGACAGUUCAGCGUUUACACAGUAGAACAUUGCAGGCACCGUCUGCUUCAAAGUUUCUUCUCAGGUGGGGGUCGGUCCCUUCUGAGAGCCUACCUCAGCAACAAGAUGCCCCUACCAAGCAGAGCACGUGUCUACGCUGACAUUAACACACACAAGCCCAGGGAAUAUUGGGAUUAUGAAUCCCAUGUUGUGGAUUGGGGAAACCAAGAUGAUUAUCAGGUAGUUCGAAAACUCGGCAGAGGAAAGUACAGCGAGGUAUUUGAGGCUGUCAACGUCACAAACAAUGAGAAAUGUGUGAUAAAGAUUUUAAAGCCAGUAAAAAAGAAGAAAAUCAAAAGAGAAAUCAAGAUUUUAGAAAACCUCAGGGGAGGCACCAAUGUCAUUACAUUGAUGGCGAUAGUCAAAGACCCAGUGUCGCGGACUCCAGCCCUUAUAUUCGAGCAUGUAAAUAACACUGACUUCAAGCAAUUGUACCAAACUUUCAUAGACUACGAUAUACGUUUCUACCUGUAUGAGCUGCUAAAGGCGCUGGAUUACUGCCACAGUAUGGGAAUUAUGCACCGGGACGUCAAGCCUCACAAUGUGAUGAUUGACCAUGAAAACAAGAAGCUUCGUCUGAUUGACUGGGGUUUAGCAGAAUUCUACCAUCAAGGCAUGGAGUACAACGUCCGGGUUGCAUCCAGAUACUUCAAAGGGCCAGAACUGUUGUUAGAUUAUCAGAUGUACGACUAUUCCUUAGACAUGUGGAGCCUGGGUUGCAUGUUUGCCAGCAUGAUUUUCCGAAAGGAACCCUUCUUUCAUGGCCACGACAAUUAUGACCAGCUGGUUAGGAUUGCCAAAGUGUUGGGUACAGACGAUCUAUACGCCUACAUUGAGAAAUACCAGAUUGAUCUGGAUCCAAGGUUUAAUGACAUCUUAGGGAGGCAUUCAAGGAAACGCUGGGAGAGAUUUGUUCACAGUGAGAACCAACACCUGGUCAGUCCAGAGGCACUGGAUUUCCUGGACAAACUUCUCAGAUAUGACCAUAAUGACCGCCUCACAGCAAGAGAUGCCAUGGACCAUCCUUAUUUCUACCCCAUAGUGAAAGAGCAAGGGCGAAUGUCCAACAUUGCCGGACACACCUCACCCACUUCAGCCAGCCCAGCUGCAGGACAGAUAGGAGGCUCGUCAGUGACAAGUACCAUCAGCUCAUCCAGUUCUCCCGCCACAUCUUCCAACCUGGCCAACCUGCCAAACAACUCAACAGCACCUGCCCUGGGGUAA